AUGCUUAUAGAAGGGGAAACGAUUCCUCGACUGAGGAUAGCAGAGGUAACCCAACGCAGCAAAUCAUCCAAUGAGUUCCGUUUGGUUUGCUACAACAUUCUGGCCAUUAUGUACAGUCGAACAGAGAGCGCUCGCAAAGUGUACUUCCGUCAUUGUCCAGCCCCCUACUUGGACCACAACUACCGCUAUCCCCUAAUUUAUCGAGAACUUCUUGCCUACCAAGGGGAUAUUCUCUGCUUGCAGGAGGUGGAUACUACCCACUUUCAACAGCGUCUUAGUCACUACCUUCAGGAGGCUGGUGGUUAUGAGGGUCGCUUCAUCUCCAAGCUCUCUAUUGAUGCGUCCGAUGCGAUAGAGGCUUUGCCUGCUGUUCAGCCUAUUGAAACCUUCGAAAGAAAGAACGAAGGUGUGGCAAUCUUCUACAAGUCCGAUCGUUUCCGCCUGAUCAGGGAGUUUAAAUUGGACUCCCUAAUCAUGUAUGCUGAGGCAUCUGAAGAUCCUUACUUCAAGCAACUUGCUGCCCAAUACCACCAAUUGGCUGAGUCGAAAGAGGUUGCAAUGUAUCUAUGCAUGCGGGCUCGGGCACAUGGCGCUCUUGUGUGCCUCUUUGAGUGUUCUCGAACUGGAUGUCGUUUCCUUUGUGCCAAUGCUCAUCUCUACUUCCACCCUAGCGCAACGAGUCUCAGGAAUAUCCAAUGCCUCAUUCUGCGAAAGUGCCUUCUUAACAAGCCCUUGCCAAUUAUUCUUGCGGCUGAUUUGAACACUAGUCCGGAUUCUCAGCCCUACAAAACUCUGGUCGCCGGGCCAGUGAACGAAGAUGGAAGCCAGCAAGAGCCUGGACCCAUUUUCAAGGCCGCGAUUCCACUUCCAGAGGGUGUUUUCACCAAUAUAGUUCCUGGAUUCAAGUCCAACUUGGACGCUGUGCUAUAUGGACUCACGAGUGAUAGGGCAGAGACUCUGAAAGUAGCUCACGCCUUCUCUGUUCCUACAGAAUCGGAAGUUCUUGAUGAGGGUCGUAGUGUGAAUCCCAAGCACCCUCCUCUACUACCGGAGGAAGAAGGCGGCUUCACACUUCCGAAUUCACAAUUCCCUUCUGACCACUUACCUCUGAUUGUCGACUUUGCUAUUUAAGCAGUUGGAGAAGAGCUUUGUAUUCCCCUGUCGGCGGAAGAGCCAACGUUGAUGAAGACUCUUGGUAAAGAGGGCGUGAGGGAUGUAGGUGGAACAAAUGGGGCAAAUGGCUCACACGCCGAGGCGUUCGUCAUACGUGGCACGAAUGGUGCGGAAUAG